CGUGAACAUUGAGCUCCUUACUUUUGUUAAGCUGUUUUAGCCCUCAACCUCUGAGCCGCCACUUGGUUUUUUGCAUUGUAAAGCAGGUCGUUAGCAGGUCACUGUAUUAUGGGUGUCCGAGGUAACAAGAAACACUUAAAGAGGCUUAAUGCUCCAAAACACUGGAUGUUGGAUAAGCUAGGGGGGAACUUUGCCCCGAGGCCUAGUACAGGUCCCCACAAGUUGAGAGAAUGCUUGCCACUAAGCAUAUUUCUACGAAACCGUCUUAAAUAUGCACUGACUUACACAGAAUGCACAAAGAUCCUGGCUCAGCGUCUGGUUAAAGUUGAUGGGAGGGUGCGUACAGACAAAAAAUACCCAGCAGGGUUUAUGGAUGUCAUCACAAUUGAAAAGACAAAUGAACACUUCCGGUUGAUCUAUGAUACUAAAGGAAGGUUUGCCAUUCACCGCAUUCACCCUGACGAGGCCAAGUACAAGCUUUGUAAAGUGAGGAAAGUACUCGUUGGUCACGGAGGGGUACCUUAUAUUGUGACCCAUGAUGCCAGAACUAUCAGAUAUCCAGACCCAAAUAUUAAACCAAAUGAUACUAUUCAAGUGGAUAUUGCAACAGGCAAGGUUCUGAACCAUAUCAAGUUUGAGCCAGGCAAUAUCUGUAUGGUCACCGGUGGACGGAACUUGGGACGUGUCGGGACUAUCACUCAGUGGGAGCGCCAUCCUGGUUCUGUGGAGAUGGUUCAUGUACGCGAUAGCACGGGGCACCAAUUCGUAACCCGUUUGAACAAUAUAUUCAUCAUCGGGAAAUCAAACAAGGCAUGGGUUUCUCUACCCAAAGGCAAAGGAAUAAGGUUGUCAAUAAUCGAAGAACGUGACAGACGAAUCCGUGCAAGACGGCUUGGCCACUGAUUUACAAUAAAAUAUUUUCCGGAAGUCAACA